UGGUGUUGAAACACGUGGUACACGGGAUGCCUUGACUGUUGUCGUUCUGAUCUGAAAAUGGAAUGUCUUUACUUUCGUCGUCCUUCAGAUGUUGAAUUCCCAUUAAAUGAUUGUGUUUUGUUAGUUGAACGGAAACUGGGAAUCUAACGUGAAUUCCAUACGUAACGUAAGACGAAGCGCGCACACACAUACACACGCAGACACAAGUUAGAGUAGAUACUUGCGAGCGCUCCCUGCUGCCUUUCACAUGAUUUGAAGUGUGUGCGGCGGAGAGAAAGAGAAAGCCGCAGAAAAAUGGCCGUAAGGGGCCAGGGUCCUUCUAUAAUGCGAUUUUUUACCACUAUUGCCAUCUGGUUAACAUUCAGCCUCUGCUCUAAUGGAAUCCCAUGGACGCAAGAAAAGUUACAGCAUCAAGCAGUCACACUUACAUCCACUGAAAUCCAGACAGCUUUGUCGCACACAGACCUGACACAGAUGUGGCAGAGGGACUUGAGGCCGUUACUUGUUCCGAGGUAUCCAGGCUCUACCGGCAGCCAAACUGUGCAGCAGCAUGUCAAAACAACACUUGGUUCCCUUGGAGCAAGCUGGGAAGUGACAGAGGAUAAGUUCAGGUCAGAGACACCUUACGGGUCGCUUCCCUUCACCAACAUCAUUGCAACCCUCAACCCAUCAGCCAAGCGCCGCCUGGUCCUGGCGUGUCACUAUGACUCCAAGUAUUACCCUCCACAAUGGCACGGUAGGGAAUUUCUGGGGGCCACUGAUUCUGCUGUGCCCUGCGCCAUGAUGCUGGAGCUGGCCCGAGCACUCGAUGGGGAGCUGAAAAAUCAAAAGGCCUCCAUCCCCAACCUGAGCUUGCAAUUGAUUUUCUUCGAUGGAGAGGAAGCUCUUUUCCGCUGGACUCCUCUUGACUCUUUAUAUGGCUCUCGUCACCUGGCACAGAAGAUGGAAAACACCCCUCAUCCGCCAGAAGACACAGACACCAAUCAACUGGAUGGCAUAGAUCUAUUUGUGUUGUUGGACCUGAUCGGCGCCCCAAGUCCACGCUUUGGUAAUCAGUUCCCAGACACAACAUACUGGCUCUCCCGGCUGCAGAAUAUAGAAAAACGUCUCCACUUCAUGAAUCAACUUCAAAAUCAUCCUUACGACGUGGAAUAUUUCUGGCCAGAUCGACCUAUCGGCCACAUUCAGGAUGAUCAUCUGCCAUUCCUGAGCAGAGGUGUACGCAUCCUACAUCUUAUUCCCUCUCCUUUCCCCGUCGUCUGGCACACAUUUGAUGACAAUGAGCAGAAUCUGGACCGCUCCACGAUUGAGAACCUCAACAAGAUUUUACAGAUCUUUGUCCUAGAGUACCUUAAUUCCCAACCUGCCGUGACCACAAUUACCUCGUAAAGACAUCUUGUAAUUUUACGAGAGUACAUCUUUUAUCCUAACUUAUUAAAAUGUAAGGUGCAUUGUGUUUGCAAAUGUA